CUCCCCGGCAGGCAGACUCGGUGAGAUGCGCAGGCGCCUCGUCCGGGGAGCUGAUCCAGACAGAGAGCUGCAUGUGAGGGGGCAGAUUGCUGCAUGUGAGAGGGGACAGGCUGCUGUAUUGCAUCCCCUCCAUGCGUUUGCAAUUGCCGUUCGGUUGCAUUGGGUGUUAGCCGGGCCGGGCGGGAGGGCGAUGCAGCGCCCGGGGACGGUGCAGCAGAAGAUCCCCUGCGCCUUCGCCACCGAGCUGCGGGAUGAGCCGGCCACCAAAAGGCCCAACCAGUCGUACAGGGUCUUGGCCACUGGAGAGUUGAGUCCGAAGGCACUGGCAGCAAACAUCCACCGUGCAACCGCCACGGAGAAAGUGGACGGCACCUGUUGUUACGUCACAACGUACAAAGAUUUGCCCUAUCUCUGGGCACGGCUUGAUCGGAAACCGACCAAGCAAGCUGAGAAGCGAUUCAGGAAGUUUCAGUCCUCAAAAUCCGGCACUGAGUUUACUUGGAACCUCGACGAUGACUUCAGGACGGUUCCAGAUGCUUGGAUUCCGGCACAUGGAGUUGCCCAAGCAGAAGGUGGCCUGCAACCAGAUGAAAACGGACACAUUCCUGGUUGGAUUCCGGUGGAGAAGGGAAACAAGCAGUACUGUUGGCAUCUCUCCGCUGUGAACUAUGAAACUGGCUCGGCCCUGGUUUUAAGGCCAUGUUCUGGGAAGAAUCUUCUAGAAAUUACCAUUGUUCCCUUAAUGGAGCUGCUUGAACAGACACUGGAGCUUGUAGGAACUCAUAUCAACGGUAAUCCAUACGGCCUUGGAAGCAAGAAGCGGCCUCUCCACCUUCUGGUUUCCCACGGAUCCCUGCGGAUCGAGAAGCCCCCGGCGCUUGAGCUGACGGAUCUGGUCGCGUGGUUUAAGGAGAGCGAGGAGGCGAAGGUGGAAGGCAUUGUGUGGCACUGCGCAGAAGGCGAACUCAUUAAACUUCACCGACAUCACCUGGGCUUGGAGUGGCCGGUGCUGCGCCCGUACUUGGCCACACGCCCUUUGUCCAUCAACGUCGAUCUAACCAAGUUCACCUGCGAUUUCGAGGCCAAGUCUCCGUUCGUGGUCCUGGGGAGGCUCCAUGGGAGGCAGUUUGACCAAGUUAAAGAUAUUUCGUGCGAGGACGCUGAAAGUUGAUGUGGCGUUAAUGCUUUGGUCGAGGGGUAUUGAGUGAGGUGGCUGCCAGUGUAAAGCGGGACUGGUUUAUUUGGGUCUUGGCACUGAUCUUGGUCAUUGGGGAUUGUGUGGACUGUCCUUAACCUGAUACCUGUCAGCAGUUCUGCCUUUGAGUUGGUGCCGACCACAACAUUGACACAGCUUGUUCCAUGAAGUAGAAUGGUGAUCAGCUACAUUUUGUUGCUGUGCAGAAAUUGCCACACGAAGGAACGGUGCUGAACUCCCCCAGACUAUUUAUGUGGCUCAUUAAUGUUAGCUGGCUGAUCAUUCUCCACAGGUAGGAGGGGGAAAUCUGCAAGCUGUGUUCGAUCGUUUACGAUUAACCCAGACUUCACAGCCUCAAACUAAAUCUUGCUAGCUCCAUGCAAGUCUUCUCUCCUUUAGAGGCAAACCCGUCUUACUUUAAUGUAGCCUGCUGCAGUUUGGGUAUUAAAAUGUUGUAAUUGGUUGCUCUUGUGUUAAAAUCUGCUUAAUCUAACUCUAGGGUUGCUGCAUUUCACACUCUGUUCAGUUGCUGCACAUUGACUUGGGUAAGAAAGUAGGAGCUGGUUUUGUCUAUUGAGCCCUUGAGCCUGCUCUGCUUUCCAAUUAGAUCAUCAUAGCAUUGGCUCCACUCUCCUGCCCAGCUCCAAUAACCCUCGAGCUCCCUGUAGCUCAAUCAUCUGUCUUAGCCUUGAAUAUACUCAAUGGCUCAACCUCCAGAGCUCCCUGGGACGGGAAUCAUAGAGAUUUAAAACCUUUUUGGGAAUAAAUUCCUUCUUCUUUCAGUCUUCAGUGAGUGCUACAUUACCCUCACACUACAUCCCCUUCUAGAUUCUCUCACUCAAGGAAACGUCCCUCUGGAUCCUGCAGUUCAAUAAUAUUGCUUCUUGUUCUUGUGUACCCCAUAGAGUAUAGGCCAAGCCUUUUUGGAGCUUUGGUGGUUCCUACACAGCUUCCAGUCUGGGGAGAAAAUCCUUCCUGGAGAUCAGCUUUUUUUAAAAAAUAUAGUCAUUCGCUGACUUGGUUAUGUGCUCAGAGGUUUGUCGUUUAUUCACAGCUGGCAGUUCUCCUCGGGAAGAUCGUGUUCAGCCUUUGCAUUGCUCCAAGUUCUUCCAGUGAAGGUGGGCUUCAGAGCUGAUGGGUAGUGAGUCCGGGGACAUUCUAGGAAGGGGCCUUGUGUGUCCAGGAUGGGUGUGUAAUUGGGAGUGCACUUCCUUCCUCUGCCCUCAUCCUUGGGAUGGCAAGUUUGGAACCUUGCAUUUGUGCAACUUCCAAAUGCCAGUUUUUAGAUUCACUUUGAAAACUGUCAGUGGCACCUCCUGACUGAAAACACGGCGUAUUAAAGUUUCCACACUAAGUUUCAAAGGAUUUAGAAUUUUGAAAUCACAGUGCAGAAGAUUGUUCUGCCCAUCGUGCCUAUGCUAGCUGCUUAAUGCAGAUCAAAGAGCAAACAACUACACACACUGGAAAUUGGACGGGGGAAAAAAGACAGAAAAUACUAAAGGUGCACAGAGAUAGAGCAGUGUCAGUGGAUAAAUGCUGCCUCAUCUGCUGAGUAUCUUCACCGUGCUCUGUUUUUUGUUCGGCAGAGAUGCCCCACAUCCAUUGCUCCUUCCCUCUGACCCUAUAUUUUCUUUUCUCCCUUGAAGUAUUUACUUUUGUUUGAAAGUUGCAUCCAACUUUCAGGCAGAUCACAUAUAAAUACUUCAAUAGUUUUUCUUCAUGUCAUCCUUGGUUAUUCACUAGCCUCCUUCAACCUCUGUUCUCGGGUCACCGUUUCUUCUGUCACUGGCUUCCUUCUUUCGUACCUAUUAUGAGAGUCACACAGGACGUCGAUACACUUCACAAACCAUCUGGAACCAGCAGAUACUGGGGAAGGUUUGGAUCAUGUGCGAUACUUGUGUUUGUUUUAUUUAUUUGAUUCUUUCUGAUGCUUUGUCUUAAAUUAAUGAUUCCUUCUGCAAUUCUGGUGCUGAGAGACUGCUGGAAGGUGAUGGUGCCAUCUUCGGCACUCCAGGGUAGAUGAAGAGAAGGUCUGGAGAGAGACCCCCAUCCCCUGGCCAGUCCUGAACUGACAGAUGAUUUUUAUUUAUUUGAUACGAUGUCGCUGGCAAGCCCAGCACUUACUGACUUCCCUAAUUGCCCUUGAAGGUGCGAGUGAGCCACCUUCUUGGAUCACUACUGUUCUUAUGGUCACAGUUCACAGCUUGCCCUGUGUGAUCAGUGGAUAACCUGAUACUGGGUAAUGGUGACUGUACUUCUUUAACAUUAAAGGUAGUUUGAGAUGUCCUAAAAAUAUUAAAUAAAUCUGUCUCAUUGAUU